CCACCCUUCGGACAGCAACAAUCAUGGCACACACAAGAUCUGUCAUUGCUCCGUUGAGCAGAAUAACAACAGCGUCGAUAGCCGCUGCGAGACCGGAGCUACCCAAGCUCACGUCCAUCCCGUACCAAACGAUACGAUGCGCCGCGACGAAAUCCGCGCCGAAGAAGAAAAAGAAAACGAGGAACACCUUCAUACAAUAUGACGUGAAGAGAGCGGAGCAGUUCUCGCUCGUAGACGCGAUGCAGUACAUCCGCGCCUUCGAAGUUGGCCGCAAUCCCUCGUCCUCCAAGUACGAAAUGCACGUCCGCUUCCGCACCCUCAAGAACGGCCCCGUCGUCCGCAAUCGUCUACGGCUGCCACAUCCCGUUAAGACGGAUAUCCGGAUCUGCGUCAUCUGUCCCCCGGAUUCGAAAGCCGCUGCAGAAGCCCGGGCGGCAGGCGCAACACUUGUGGGCGAGGACGAGAUUUUCAACCAGGUAAAGGAGGGUAUUGUGGAUUUUGAUAGGUGCAUUUGUCAUACGGACUCGCUGCAGAAGCUGAACAAGGCCGGUUUGGGAAGGAUCCUGGGUCCGAAGGGCUUGAUGCCGAGCACGAAGACUGGGACGGUUGUAAACCAGGUGGGCACGAGCGUGAGGAAUAUGGUUGGGGGGAGUGAGUACAGAGAGAGGAUGGGUGUGGUGCGGAUGGCGGUGGGGCAGUUGGGGUUCACGCCGGAGGAGAUGCAGAGGAAUAUUAAGGCGUUUAUGGACGCGCUCAAAAAGGAUAUUGCGCAGAUGAGCGAUCGCAUAACUAAGGAGGUACAUGAAGUAGUUCUCAGCUCUACCAACUCGCCCGGAUUCACAUUAACUGGCGAAUACAGAGGCGCCAAUUCAAUAGCACCGAAGGAACUCUCGGGUCCUUUGUAAUCUUCCCAUGUAGCCAUGUAAACCAAUGUACCAUAGUGUCC